AUGGCAAGACCCAGCCAAGAUGGUGUAUAUACUGCGUUAAAUGACAUUUUUAAGCUCAAAAACUUUAAGUCCAAGUUGCAGGAACAAGCAACACACUCUGUGUUCGAGGGAAAAAGCGAUGUAUUUAUUUCAAUGCCAACAGGUUCUGGAAAGUCGCUUUGCUUUCAGCUCCCAUCCGUAAUGCAUCCGGGUGUCGCCCUCGUAGUUUCACCCCUUCUUGCUCUCAUAAGUGACCAGUUAACACAUUUAAAAAAACUUCACAUUCAGGCAGAAACCAUUAACUCGAGAACAGCAGACACACAAAGGCGCAAACUGUUUCAUCAGCUGAUGAGCACGCCACUUGGUUCAAAAUCGUACCCUAAACUUCUGUACAUAACUCCUGAACAGCUACAAACUCCUUUUUCCUCUUCCCUUAUUUCUCAGUUAUACGAAAAGUCAUGUUUAAGUUAUUUCGUUGUUGACGAAGCACAUUGUGUAUCAGAAUGGGGACAUGAUUUUAGGCCUGCUUAUCUUGCUUUGGGAAGGAUUCGUCGCAAACUUUUCCCAGCCGUACCAUGCAUAGCACUUACUGCAACUGCUACACCUCGUGUACGUGAGGAUAUCAUCAAAUGUUUGGGACUUGGUGAACUUUCGAAUUACUUUCCUAUAAGUUCACUUGGUUUUGCCGGUAACUUAGAGGAAUUCAAAUGCAGUAUUUUCCGGCCAAAUCUCUACUAUGACGUUGUGUUUGGUGACUUACUUGAUGACGUAUAUGCUGACGUCUUGCAAUUCGCUGCCGAAAGUAUCGGUUGGGACAAGUCUCGAAAAUGUGAUUGGACAAAACUUGGAUGUGGUAUCGUUUACUGUCGAACGCGUACUGAUUGUGAGGGAUUGGCAGAAAAGUUAACUUCCCUUGGAUUGUCUUCACGGGCCUACCACGCAGGGUUGUCUAAAUGUGAGCGAGAAGACGUCCAAACGGGAUGGUCUUCCGGUUUGUAUCCAAUAGUAGUUGCUACCAUAAGUUUUGGAAUGGGUGUCGAUAAACCAAAUGUGAGAUUCGUUCUUCACUGGACUCUACCUAAAAGUUUGGCGGCGUACUACCAAGAAUCAGGUAGAGCUGGAAGAGAUGGAUUACAAGCUUCUUGUCGAAUUUAUUACUUUAAGAAGGAACGUGAUACUGUUGUUUUUCUAUCAAACCAACAACCAAACAGUGGUUCUCAAAAGUCACUUAAUAACACUCAGUGUCGAAAAAUUGAUAUUAAUACGAUGGUAAAAUAUGUUGAGACAGCAAAUUGUAGGCACCAACAGAUGGGAAUUUAUUUCAAAGAUGAACAAGCUCCAUGUGGGAAUCAUUGUGAUGUUUGUGUCAAUGCAUCACGAGUGUGUAUGAAUCUAGCAUUAUUCCGUGCUCUUGAAUUUACUACUAAAAUUGGUUACCAAAAUAAUGAUAAUAAUGAUGAUGAUAAUGACAAUAUUGGAAAUUACAAUGAUAUUAAUAAGUUUGAUGAUGAUAAUGGUGGUGAUUCGGAAAAAUUUUCAGCUGAUCAACAACGUGAAGAGUAUGAUAAAUUAGAAAGACAAAAGCUAAUCACUAGUGAAUUUAAUAAACGUCGACGUAACACAGAUAAACUUAUACAGUCAUCAUGGGUUUCAGCUCCAGAUACAACUGAAGUAAUAAGUCCAGACAAUCGUAAUGUUACCGGAAUCACUGGAUGGUGUCGUGAUCAAACUCUUCAGUUACUUACCAGUGCAAUGAAAAAAUUAUUCCCAGAACAUGAAGCAUUACUAAAUAAGUUAUGUGCAGAUGCAGAGUAUGUGUUGUUUAAAGAAUCAAAAGUUGCCGCUAUGUAUCGCACACGUAUGGCAAGGUUGAUCACAUUUGUUCGUCGACCAAAUGUUACUAAAGAAUCUGUAUGGAAUGCUGUUAAAAGUAAAGCUGAUAUUUUUUUGACAAAAACAAACGAAAAAAUAAAAUCUACUGACAAUUCUAUCGAGAACGACAAUAGAAAAUCAGCACUAGAAGAAAAGGGUAUUAUCUCAUCAAAACACUUUCAUCACAAAAUAAAACGAUCAUGUUCACCCGAAACAAAUAAGUCCAAUGUUCAAUAUUCAACACCUGCUGUUGGUAAAAAAUUGAAAUUGGAGUCUGAAUUCGAAAAUUUUAAAUCGCAAUGUAAAAGUGAAACGAUUUCACCAAUAAAAAAGUCGGGUUCUGCGAUAAACAAACACGGUGUUUAUGAAAGUGAAGAUAGUGAUUUCAUGGAUUUCAGUGACGACGGUGAGGAGACAAGACAUCCUACAGACUUGAAGAAUAAGUCCAUGAAUAAAGACCAACCUUUAAACUAUUUCUGGACAAAACAACUACAAUCUGGUAGCAAAACUGAAGGAAACGGUAAGCUAAACAAAAACGCAAAUAACCAAUGGGAUUCGACUGAAGUUGACCCCGAUAUCAAAGGAUGUAAUCGAAUCCUAGUGCAAAAUAAAGAUAGUUCUCCAGACCUUAGUGAUGAUGAUGAUGAUGACAGCAAUGGAAAAGAAAUAAAACGACAUCCACAACUAGAUCCAGUAAUGAAAGGGAACAAAGAAUUAUCAAACUACGAGGUUGCCCGUGAUCAUGUACGAAUUGUAAGAUCUGAUGAGGUCAAACAUGACAUCAAUGGCAAUGAUAAUAUUGACUAUAAGUCGAAAUCAUACCAUACCAUACCACAAACAGGAUCUAUACCAGAACUUCUUAUUGAACCUGAGAAGCGUCUAGUUUACUUUUGGGAACAAGGUAAUAAAACUGACAGUCGCUCAAUCCCUAGAAAUACUGCUGUCAUUACCACUAAUAUCACUAAUAAUACUACUUCUGCAUCCAUCGUAUAUACUGCUAAUCCGAAUGGCAUUACUACUACUAAUACUGUUGCCACAACUAUCAGUACUAUGAAUGCUCAUAUUUAUGAACGUGACCUGGUCAAUCCGUUUCCAACUCAUAUUCAAGAAGAAAUUACUAAUAUCCCUGUUGACAAACAAAUUCAUCAUAAACAUAGACCGGUUAAUCCUCGUGCAAUCGUGUCAAUUCCGACAAAAACACGGCAUACUGAGCCAAACAAGGAAAUUAAUUCUGCAUCUACCGAAAUGAAUUCAUCUACUGCUGAAUUAGCCAAACAAGUAGUAGCUUCUCUGUCACGUCAUUUUGCCAAAGGUUUAUUCAAAAACAAAGAUGCAUUCAAAUCGGUCGCCAAGAAAUUGACUCGAAAGCUGCUCACACACCAUGAAGUCGACAUAUUCACUAAAUCAAGAUUAGAUCAAUUGAUCGAUCAAUUAUUGAUACAUUUCGUGGAGACAAAAACACAAAUUCAAGUCGCAGAUGAUAUUGACUGGAGUAGAUUAGCUGGAAUAUUUUUAAGGCUACCGUGAGUAAAACGCGGCCGAUAAGAUUAAAAAGGUGAUUUGAAAGAAUACUCUUCAUUUUCUUUAAAUGAAAUUAAUUCUUGUUCUUCUAUAUGCAGUAACACCUUAUAGGUCUACACAAACAAAUGCACUUGCAUAUACCUAC